AUGAUGAUUUACGUAAGCUUUUCCACCAUAAGCGAUGGUAUACUUACAACCUGUAACCAUGCCUUUUGCAAAAGCUGUCAACCGUGUCCUUCUUUGACUUCCAUAACAAAACAGUAUUUGAAUUUGGCGAAGUGUUUCAAGGUUGAUUGUAAUGCGUUAAGUGUGCCAAAAGAAAUGCAGUUUUUUGAAAGCCAGGCUGUAUGUGAUAGUCAGUUUAGGCCGUUUGACAUUAAUUCUCCUUCAACUUCAGAUACUCCAGUAUUCCUUGUUCCUCAACUUGCCCCUCAAGCAAAAAGACCAAAACUAUCCAGAAGCACUUCGUUAUGCCGAUUUGGGAAAACUGAGGUCUCCAGCAGGCGUGAGAAAGUUAGUGUGAAAACACCACUAGAAACCAUUGAUGAGACUAGUGAGACGUCUACUGGUAGCUUGGACAUCACUAUCCCGGGUGUUACGAAGAAUAAAACUUAUUCUGAAAUUGCUGCGCAGUGUGAAGAAUAUGAUAUUGUUAGUGAGCUAAAUACGAUUGCAAAUGGUCUUUUGGUUAAGGAAAUGAAGACUCCAAUUGAGGUCCUUAUACAAUGUUUACCGUGGAUACCAGAUUACGUAGGAUUGACUGCCAGUGAAAUUUGUGAUGCUAUUCAACAGAGAAAGGAUUUAAAAGAAAAACCUGUAAUUUAUGAAUCGAAAGGUGUACAAACGUCUGAAGAAAAGUCACUGAUUGCUAACGAAUUUGUUGUCAGUAAUCCCAUCCUAAAGCCAGAAACUAGUAAUUGUUUGAGGUUUGGUAUAAACACUAAUCAGACACCAGGAAGAGAAGAUAAUUUGACAGACGUUGCUGGGCUUUCUGAUACAGAUAACAGAGAGGAAGCAGACAGUGAUGCGACUGUUCCGAUGUAUAUUGACGAACAGAGUAGGCUGUCUGAAGUUGAUCAUGUUGAACAGUCUGAUAAAGAAAAUGAUGGUCCUGUGAAAGGCGAGGAGCCGAAAUGUGAGCCAGAGAUCAAACAGUCAUUUCAACAGAAUUUUUUUUGUGCGGACGAAAAUGCUAGGGAUGGUUACGAAGAUGGAUGCGGUAAUGUCAGUUUUGCGAGAGACGUUGUUGUUGAUUCACUUGACGGGCCGCCUUCCAGUGAAGCCUCAAAUGCUACAGUUAAUGCCAAAGAAGACUCAGUCAAACCAAGUACAUCAAAUGGGAACAGUAACGCAGCAUUUGACUAUAGAUUAAUGGUUUCCGGUAGCAUACAGUGUAACUGUCUGUCCGUAUUGCACAAAUUUUUUGAGAUCUUUCGUUGUGCAACACUUUGGAAGGAUUUUGAUGAUCAGUGCACUCAUCUGGUUAUUCUUAACUCGGAACCUUUAGAAGGACGUCUUUGUACUAAAAGAUCGGUGAAGUAUGCGUGGGCUGUAGCUAAAAGCAUACCUGUAAUAUCUAGGGAGUGGCUUGAGGACUCAGUGACUGGAAAAAGUAUUCUGCCUAUUGAGAGUUAUGAAAUUGUUGGUGAUGUGUACUGUGAUCCACAAAGUAAUUCUUCUUUGCGGUCACGAACCAGCCCUGGUAGUCUCUUUUCAGGGCUUCAUCUUUGUUUUCCUUCCGCGUAUUUUAAGGAUUCAGAAGUGGCAAGAGACCUUUUGAUGGAUAUGGCGGAAUCUGCAGGUAGUGAUUGCUCUCAGGAUGUUUGGGACGUAUACUACCCAGAAGAUGCUCAGAAGUGUUUUAUAAUUUUUGGAGUAGGUUGUCGAGAUCGAGAUGCUGCAAGAAGGUUUGAAGAUGACCUCAAAGUAAAAGUUCUUAUGGCGGAAUGGAUCCUCGAUUGUUUAACACAGUUUUCUCUUUUCGACACUCAGAUUGUGGAGUGUGUCGUUCAAUUUAAAGAAGACUUGUUGGUGGUGUGCGGCCAGAAAACUAAGUGUCCAGGCCCUGGGUUUUAUGAACGAGCAGAAGGUGCUGGACAAGGUUUCAAAUGUUUUUGUGAGCUUGAAAGUUUUGCAGCUCAAGGUUCUCUUGCUCUAAAGUUCAAUCACGAAAAUGUUGUUGUAUUUCUGAAGAAGCAAAAAGAGAAUUAG